AUGGCCCCCAACAUCCGUGAACGCACCUACAUCAUGGUCAAGCCCGAUGGUGUUGACCGUGGUCUUAUUGGCGAGAUCACCGCCCGCUUUGAGAAGCGCGGCUUCAAGCUCAUCGCCGCCAAGCUCAUCUCUCCCUCCAGACAGCAUCUCGAGAAGCACUAUGAGGACCUCCGCGAGAAGCCCUUCUUCCCUGGUUUGAUCACAUACAUGCUCUCUGGCCCUGUCUUUGCCAUGGUCUGGGAGGGCUUGGAUGCUGUGAAAACUGGCCGUGUCAUGUUGGGCGCCACCAACCCCCUUCAGUCAGGCCCUGGCACCAUCCGCGGUGACUAUGCCCUUGCCGUUGGCCGUAACAUCUGCCAUGGCUCUGAUUCCGUCGAGAACGCCGAAAAAGAGAUCUCUCUCUGGUUCCCUAACGACCUCGUCCAAUAUUCGCGCUCCAAUGAGGCAAAGGUCUACGAGAUCUAG